UUUAACCGUAGACGGUACAAUACACGGUUUAGGAUAAUUCCAUCUUAAACCGUGGUACAAUAAGACGUAUAUCCAUGAUCUAUGGUGAUCUAUGAGAUCAUCGCAUUAUCAAUUUAUCAUUGUUAUAUUGUUAUCAUCAACAUCUAUCGCGCAUGCUCAUUUUUUUAUCAUGGUUGGGCCUUUAUUCUAAGUCCUAACUUUACUCCUAAGACCGUGGACCCGGCAGCUGUCGGAUAUAUAAAGAUUAUAGACAUAGGCGACACAGCGAGUGCCGAGUAGUGACAGCGUUAAACUUUAGUUUGCGUUUAAAAAUUUCAAUUAUGGAUGACGAAUGUGAGUCGUACAAACUGUGGCGUAUUCGAAAAACGGUUAUGCAACUUUGCCAUGACAGAGGUUACUUAGUCACACAGGAUGAAUUGGAUCAAACAUUAGAACAGUUUAAAGAACAAUUUGGAGAUAAACCUAGUGAAAAAAGACCAGGACGUAGUGAUUUAAUAGUCCUUGUGGCACAUAAUGACGACCCUACAGAUCAAAUGUUUGUUUUCUUUCCUGAAGAACCAAAAAUUGGUAUAAAAACUAUAAAAACUUACUGUCAGAGGAUGCAAGAAGAAACCAUUACUCGAGCUAUUAUUGUUGUUCAACAAGGAAUGACUCCAAGUGCUAAACAAUCUUUAGUUGAUAUGGCUCCUAAAUACAUAUUGGAACAGUUUUUGGAAUCUGAACUUCUAAUUAAUAUAACUGAACAUGAACUAGUUCCAGAACACAUUGUUUUGACACCUGAUGAGAAACAAGAACUUUUGUGCAGAUACAAAUUAAAGGAAAAUCAGCUUAUGAGAAUUCAAGUUGGCGAUCCAGUUUCCCGUUACUUUGGCUUGAAAAGAGGACAAGUAGUAAAAAUCGUAAGAAAUUCUGAAACUGCUGGACGUUAUAUUUCAUACAGAUUGGUUUGCUGAAAUUAAAUACUAAAAUUUGUAUGUAACUGUAAUUUGUUCACUUAUAACAAAAUAUUACUAUAAUUAUAAAAUAAAAGACAUGUCAUUUUUAAUAAA